GAGGAUACCACUUUUCGCGAAGAAGCAGUCAGGCACUAUCACCACCACCAAGUCAAUUCCCGCGAUACCCCCCAACACAUCGGUACGUUUGCGCUGUCCCAUCCAGAAUCUCCAACCCAUCGACGACGAAUUUCCCGAGCAAAAAAAAUUUCAACAAUUUCGACGACGAAAUCUCGAUUGCCACCACCACCACACAACUGCCCCUCUAGGAACUUUUUCAACUGACAAUAGUCUCAUCCAGCCAACAUGCCUCGUGGACUCAAUGCGGCGCGCAAGCUGCGCAUGAACCGUAAGGACCAGAAGUGGGCCGAUCUCGGAUACAAGAAGCGUGCCCUCGGUACCGCUUUCAAGUCCUCCCCCUUCGGUGGUUCCUCCCACGCCAAGGGCAUCGUCCUCGAGAAGGUCGGUGUCGAGGCCAAGCAGCCCAACUCCGCUAUCCGAAAGUGCGUUCGUGUUCAGUUGAUCAAGAACGGCAAGAAGGUCACUGCUUUCGUCCCCAACGACGGUUGCUUGAACUUCGUCGACGAGAACGACGAGGUCCUCCUGGCCGGUUUCGGUCGCAAGGGCAAGGCCAAGGGUGAUAUUCCCGGUGUCCGUUUCAAGGUCGUCAAGGUCUCUGGUGUCGGUCUGCUCGCUCUGUGGAAGGAGAAGAAGGAGAAGCCCAGAUCCUAAACGGGAGGCUUUUUCGUUGCGCGAAGCAUGGGAAGGACAGUGGAAGAAAAUUCGGCACUCGGAGUUUUACGCUUGCAUUGGCAUCAAUGGGUUAUGGUCCUGAUACUGCGGGUAGACUUUGGUCGAUGAAAUAAAACAUCAUGAAAGUCAAUACCUGAACAUGCGGCAUUUCACAUCACACAUUACUACACAAAACGGGGUUUAUUUGGGGGUGGGUUGUGAAGAACAAAAAUCAAGAAUCAGGGAAACGUUGAUUCUACGUGCUAUGAAAUUUACA